AUGGAUCAAAGGGAAGCAACAGAGAUCUUCUGUGACAAUCAAUCUCUCGUUGCAAUUGCCAAAAAUCACAUGUUCCAUGGAAGAACAAAGCAUUUUAGCAUUAAGCUAUAUGUUGUUCGAGAAAUGGAGCAAGCUCGAACAAGUUUCGAGGCUUGCUCGACAAGAUACUUGCUGAGUCUGCUUGAUUCUAUUGUUGCACCAACACUUGAACCAUCAAUGGCCGAUGCAAUUGCUUCCAAUCUCGCCACAGAGCUCAUUAAGUUGCGCUCUCGUGCUCUCUCUCAAAUUGGACUCUGGUGGAAUCUCGAACAUGACAUCUUCGACCUCGAACUCACUGUCUAUACAAUCAAAGAUGUGCUUCUUGACGCAGUAGAGAAAUCGGUGACCAGCGAUCUCGUCAAAGUUUGGGUUGAACAGGUGACCGAUGCACUUUAUGAUGCUGAUGACUUGCUCGAUGAUUUCUCUACUGAAGCUUUGCGGAAAGAUCUGAUGAGUGGGAACAAGCUGACAAAAGAGGUACGCCUUUUCUUCUCAAGCUCAAACCAGUUUGCUUACAGCCUCAAAAUGGGGCGGAAAAUUAAGGCUAUUAAGGCCAGAUUAGCUUCGAUUGGAAGCAAGGCCAAGAUGUUCGGCUUGGUAAACCGUGAUUGUCCUGUGGAAACUUCUUUCAUGACCAAAAAGAGGCAGCAAAUGCACUCUUUUGUGCGUGAAGAUGAAAUAAUAGGGAGGGAUAAUGAUAAAGCAGCUCUUCUAGAACUCGUGUUAGGGUUUCAAAGUGAAGAGAAUCUUUAUAUCAUUCCAAUUGUGGGAUUUGGAGGGUUAGGGAAAACUACAUUGGCAGGACUUGUUUAUAACGAUGAAAUGGUUAAACAAUGUUUUGAGUUGAUGAUGUGGGUGUGUGUUUCAGAUGUUUUUGACGUGAAAGCAAUUGUAAAAACCAUUAUUGAGUGUGUGACUUACAAAGCACUAGAUCAAAAUCUCGGUAUGGACCAAUUGCAAAAACAACUUCGAGAUGAAAUUGAUGGGAGAAAAUAUUUGCUUGUUUUGGAUGACGUUUGGAAUGAGGAUGUGCAACAAUGGUUAAGCUUAAAGAAUUUACUGAUGGGUGGGGCUAGAGGAAGUAAGAUAAUACUAACUACUCGCUCUAUGAAGGUAGCAAAAAUUACUAGUAAUUGUCCACCCUAUGUUUUGAAAGGUUUGUCUGACGAUGAUGCUUGGUCUUUGUUCAAAAAGAUAGCAUUUAAGGAAGGAUAUGCAGACUCAACAAAUUCAGUCUUUGUGGAAAUGGGGAAGCAAAUAUCGGAAAACUGUGCUGGAGUUCCUUUAGCCAUAAAUACAAUAGGUGGUAUGUUAUCUUUUAAGGGAACUCUAAUUGAGUGGCAGUCUUUCCUAGACAGACAACUUAGUAGAAUAUCCCUAAGAGAAAAUGAAAUUUUAGAUUCACUUGGGCUAAGUUACAGUCAUCUCCCAUCCCAUUUAAAGCUUUGCUUUGCUUAUUGUGGAUUGUAUCCAAGAGGCCAUGCGAUUGAUGUACAAACACUUGUUCAAUUUUGGAUUGCACAAGGUUUUGUAAAGCAAUCAAAUCCGAGUCAAUCUCUUUAUGAGAUUGGAUUUGGGUAUUUUAAAGAUUUAGUUGAAAGAAGCUUCUUUCAAGAAGUAGGGGAAAGAUAUUCGGGGGAAGGACUAACAUGUAAAAUGCAUGAUUUAAUGCACGAUCUAGCUAUAUUUGUAGCAAAGACAAAUAGCAUUGUUGUAGAUUCAAAUUUUAGUGCAGGGGAGGUUGGUGGCAAAUGUCGUCACAUAUCUGUUAAUCCUUCAUUAAUUCCUUUGAUUAAAGGAAAGAGGUUGCGAACCUUGUUACAUUUUCCAAACAAGAGAGAGGAAAGCCAACAUAUGAGUGAUGAAACUUGGGAUUCAAUCAUUUCAAAUUGUAUACACUUGCGUGUAUUAAAAUUAGAUAAUUUAGAUAUUAAUAAAGUUCCACGGUCCAUUCAUAAAUUGAAACAUUUGAGAUAUCUUGAUCUUUCUAACAAUCCUAAGCUUAAGAUCUUGCCUAAGGGUAUUUGCAAGAUACAAAAUUUACAGGCGCUAAAACUUGAUUGGUGUAGUCAACUUAAAGAAUUGCCAAAGAAGAUUGAAAAUUUGGUGAAUCUUACCCAUAUUACGUGUGAACAAUGUCAUAGUUUAACUCAUAUGCCACGUGGAAUAGGGGUGUUGACUUCCCUUCAGACAUUAAGUGGAUUUGUAGUGGAUAAAGAUGGUUCUCAUGGUGGUGCAGAUCUAAGUGAAUUGAGUGGGCUUAACAACCUAAGGGGACAACUAAGAAUUAAAAAUUUGGGAUUUGUGAAAAAUGCAAAAGAGAUAUUUAGGGCUGCUAAUUUGAAAGAGAAGCAACAUUUGCGAUCGUUGGUUUUAGUAUGGAGUGGUGAUAGUGAUGAUGACGACAAGUCACUUGAAGACCUACAACCCCAUCCAAAUCUGGAGUCGUUGCUUGUGAUAGGGUGGAGAGGAGAUGCCAAGUUUCCAAGUUGGAUUUCUUUGCUCACAAAUCUUGUAAAUAUUUCCAUAUGGGGUCCUAGUAAAUUCAAACAUCUCCCUUCCUUUGCUCAAUUGCCUUGUCUUCAACACCUAUUCGUUUUGGAUUUGGUUGAGCUCGAGUACAUGGACAAUAACAACCCCAAUGGAAGACAAGGGGACCUGGAAUCAUUUUUCCCAUUGCUCAAGCGUCUUCACAUCCAAAAUUGUCCAAAUAUGAAGGUUUGGUGGAGGAGAAGGCCGAUAGAUGAUGAUAACGAGGAUGACACAACAGUUAUAGGAACAUCAACCAUUGCAUUUCCUUGUCUUUCCCAUUUACAUAUUGAAGAUUGCCCUUUGACUUCAAUGCCGUUGUAUCCAUCACUUGAUGAACUAAUAUUGGUCAAUACCAGUUCAAGGCCAUUAAAGCAGACCCUUAAGAUGAACACCACCAGUAUAUCACCAUCAACUUCAACCCCUUCUCUUCCUCUCUCCAAAUUGAGCUCUUUCCACGUACAGAAUAUCGAGGAACUGGACACGAGCAUGCUAGAUGAGUGGCUUCAACAUCUAACAAAUCUGCAACAGCUUUAUCUCAUUGAUUUGCCCAAUUUAACAUCGCUUCCGGACGAGAUGGUUCGCCUAACUAAUUUGCAACAGUUAAAUAUAGAUGGAGUUCCUCGGUUGGAGCAAAGGUGUGAGAAGCACAUUGGUGCCGAUUGGUAUAAGAUUGCUCACAUCCCUGAAGUAACCAACGGCCUGGGUAUUUAUUCUGAAAGGCAUUUGACAACUUGAAGAAAUUAGAUGCAGAAAAAAGAGGAGCAUGAGUUCAAUGGAAGAGCCAAAAAACAGGACAUGCAUUCUUCAUCAGCUGAUCUGUCCAUGGCAUUGUACUCCCAUGAAAUCGUCAUCUAUUUUGGCUCUCUUCUUAUGCAGAGCAUAGCAUAUAUUACAAGAAGCGGAGGCCAUACUUUCAACUACGAUUUGUUUAUCUGCCAAAAUAUUCCAACAAAACAAAAAUGAUUGAGUCGUGUUGGAGAGAGCUUAAACACGAAAUGUCAUUGUCAAGUAAGUAAAUUGAAUAGGGGAUAGAGGUUAAGGGUUGAUGAAAAUGGAGGGGGAAGAGGGGAACUUUGAUGCAGGGCACCCCUUUUAGCUGUUUGAAUUUUGAAGGUUGAAUCAGGAAAGAAUCUUGCUUCAGAAUAUUCGGUGGUGAGGUUGAGGUUGAUAAAAUGUUUCCAUUAUUUAUAGAUGAACAACAAUAUAUUAAACUUACAUAUUAACACUAACGGGGAUGUGAAUUUGUUACCAUUACAGAUGAUGAUGAUGAUGAUGAUGAUGCCCAAUGUUUGCCCUUUCGUAAAACUUGCACUGGAAAAUCAUAGAGAAUGCCUUUGUGGUUAGCCACCAUUCAUGCACAUAAUAUAAAGUUCUAUUUAGUAACAGUUCAUUGUUGCUAUAUAGAGAAAAUUAAUGGGCUAGAAUCCACCUUAAAGACAUUGAUAUCCUUAGCUCUCAAAGAAACACCCUGCCAUUACCUACGUUCUUCCUUUCUUUCUUUCGAGAAUUGCAAUGUCUCAUCGCAUUGAGAUUCCAGAAGAAAUGCUUAUGUAAAGCUUGGUUGAUCCUGGAGCUUAUAUAUAUAGAUGAUUUGUUUCGUGGGUGAUGUAUGGAUUUAAAGGAACACUUGGUGAGGAACUAUUAUUGAGUGCCACCUUCUGAGUGUUACUUUUCCUUUGCAUAGCUAAAGUAAGUUGGAAGAGUGUUUACUUAAUUGUGCAAACGUGAGGAUGCACCAAGUUUGGAGGGUUGGGCGUAAAUCAUUUAUUUGUACUGUGAAGUUGAUAGUGAAUUUAUUUUUGGGCAAGACCCCGCAGAUGUAGGACGAGUUCCGAACUGCGUAAACAUCUUGAUUAUAUUUUUUUAUUCUUCUUUAGUUUUACUUUUGUGUGUCAGAAAAACAAACAUUUUUAUUUUUCGGAGUUUCAAAUAAUGUUCCAACACAUGGAAACACAACUAAUUAUCAGGCAAUUUCGUGUACAUUAUGUAAGACUAUCAUUUAAUGAAAGCGCUUCAGUACCUAAUUAACAUGGCUGAAAA